GAUAAAAAAAAUGUAGUACCCAGGAUUUGUUCAUUAUUUUUUGUCAUAAAUGGACCACUGUCUGCUCUACUUCCACAUUAGCUGUCUGAGUGAGGAGUUGGCAUAUGGGCGGUGUUGUCUAAAUACCUGGAAUUAUCUUCCACGCAAUAUGAUUUGCUUUAUUGAUGCCUUUCAACUUGCAUAAUCCUAGGAUAGGUUGACCUGUUAUAUGAUAACAGUCUAAUCCGCUUCCACACAGUAGGCUACCUCAUGUGCUCAUCUGAUUAAGUGUGCACACAACACACACGGAGAACCACAAUGUGAAACCAGUUAGGCCAGGUAGAAUAGUCUCAUUAUGCAGGAUUAUUCUGUAUAGACUUUGUAAAGGUAGAAUUAUAAAUGUAUUAGUCUGCUGGGAAUUAAAUAAAAAAGUCUCUCACGAAAAACUGCUGUUACAUCCAUCUCCUGCUAAUUGUCUUUUUUCUUUUUUUUUUUAAUUAGGCAUUAAUUAUAACACUAAUAUUAAAUUGAAUUCAAUGCAACUCCAUUUAUCCCUGCAAGAGCAAUUGGCAGCUCACGGCCAGAUCAACAGAUAAGAAAAGAAAGAAAAGACUAAUGUAUUAUAGUUAGAGUCUUACAUUAUCCUAUAACGUCUUAUCUAACCAUCAAUUCUCUCAAAGUAGUUCCUGUAUUUAUCAUAAAACACAGAAGUGAGCAGGUCCUUCCCAGCUGAAGGCGCUUCCACAAUCCACACACAUGUGCUGCAGGUUUUAUUUUUUGUUGAUUCACAUAAAUGCGCCCAUUUUGCUAUACAUGUGAAAAUAAUUCUCAGAACGUCUGUGUUUUUAAGUUGCCAAAACCACCGUCAUCAAACAGCCAUAUGCGACCCAAUAGACCAUAUGGUCUUUAUUACAGAAGCAGUUACAAAUACCAAAUGGAUCACAUGUUUUCUAACGAUGCGGUAAAAAAAGAAAAUAAUAAUAAUUAACCCCCAAAUAGCCCGGGAUAGAAUACAUUAGACAUUUGUUUGGCGCUUACACCUUACAAACCCUGCCACCUGUUUUCAGCGCUUAUUCCGCUCCUCUGAUUCCGUCCAAUGGGAAUGAACGGCAGGUCUGGAGGCGGAGAAAGAGGGAGAUAAGUUGGAGGAGAGAGUGAGAGACAGAUCCGGGGACACAGUGAGCUGUAGAUUGAGUGGAAGUCGGUGGAGCUACAUAUGAAAUCACAGACUUCACUGCGCGUCUGAUGACUGUUACUUGACGUCCAGCUUUGCGUUUUUUUUUUUCUACCGCCGGUUUCAUGUCGCUGCACAUCUUUGACGUGCAGCCACAGGUUGACCGAUUUAAUCCACUCCCUGUGGAUUAUUCCUCUUCAUCUCGAGUCGAUUGUCACUGACGGAAUCGAAAUGGGCACCGUCGAGCGAUCACCGGUGAUUGAGAAGGAAACAAACUGAUCGCAUCAAGUGGAGACGGAGACGGAGACGGAGGCAACAUCCGUGGGGAGCGACGCACAAUUUCGAGAGACAAGAGAGGGACCUGUGGAGGGACUUGUAUGAAAGGAGGCGAAGCAAAAAGAUGAUGGGAUGGCCGUGACAACAUGAAAAAGAAAAAGUGUGGAGGUCUAUUUUCAUCCAGCCAGUGAUUCAACACAACUAACCUGGGGGACAGGGACUGAGAGAGAAGAGACAGGUGCGUGGCCACGUCCGUGACCAUGGAGCCUCCCCCCUCUCUGAGCUUGGCUCUGCUAGGAGGGAGUGAGGAUGAGGACCAGCGCUUCCUCCUUCCCCUGGGCAGUAUAUCCCAUCCCUCCACCACAGGCAACCAGCCAGGAUCAAACCACUCCAACCACAUGGGAGGAUCAAGCCUCGAUCGUCUAAAUGGCAGCACCCCGUCCCCGUCCCCGUCCCCUGCCACGCCCAAUUUGCCUCCAACAUCGCUCCCCAAGUUGCCCCUGUCAUCCUCUGGAGGCCAGCCUCUGCCCCCACCCAUUCCCAACGCCCUGCACCCCACCAGCACCCCGCUCUCCUCCUGCCUGGGCUCCCAGCACAGCCUGAGCGGGGACAACUCCCCGGUAUACAACGCCCUCUUCUACUCCUCCCACUCGCCCUCCAUGGAGCGGGAGAGGGACCGUGACAGGGAGAGAGAGAGGGGCUGCAAACACAGACAGGCCAGCCCUCUGGUUCACCGUAGGGACAGCAACCCCUUCACGGAGAUCGCCAUGAGCUCCUGUAAGUACACGGGCGGGGUCAUGAAGCCCCUGAGCCGCCUCAGCGCCUCCCGCAGAAACCUCAUCGAAUCAGACAGCGGCAGUGAAACCAAAGAGGGUGGCGUUUCCGCUGUUGCCGGGGCAACGGCAACUGGGGGGCAUGACCGACAGCGAGAAGCCCCCCCUACCUCCUUAGUGGCCCCGUCCUCUGCCAAUCAACCCCUAAUUCAGAGCCCUCCAGAGAUUGUGAUCUCAUCCAAAGAAGACUCACCGUACCCCAGAGCCGGGUAUGACAUCACUGACUCCACUUCCAACCAGCUGUCCAUCUAUCACCAGAACCACGCGCUGGUGGAGAGCAGGCGGGUUCAGCCGGGGAGGGUUAGCAGGCAGGCGGGGAUCGGGCCGGCGGGGUCCGGGGCCAGGGGCAGCACCUCCAAGGCCUCCAAACGGAAGAACCAAAACAUUGGCUAUAAACUGGGGCAUCGCAGGGCGUUGUUCGAGAAGAGGAAGAGGCUGAGUGACUAUGCCCUCAUCUUCGGGAUGUUUGGCAUCGUCGUCAUGGUGAUUGAGACGGAGCUGUCGUGGGGCGUGUACACCAAGAGCUCCAUGUAUUCUCUGGCCCUGAAGUGUCUGAUCAGCCUGUCCACAGUCAUUCUGCUGGGCCUCAUCAUAGCCUACCAUGCUCGGGAAGUUCAGCUGUUUGUCAUCGAUAACGGAGCUGACGACUGGCGCAUCGCCAUGACCAUGGAGAGGGUUCUGCUGAUCUCUCUGGAGCUGCUGGUGUCUGCGGUGCAUCCAGUGCCAGGGGACUUUAAGUUUCAGUGGCGGGCGCGGCUGGCCUUCUCGUACGCGCCGUCGCAUGCCGAGGCUGACCUGGACAUGGUGUUGAGCGUGCCCAUGUUCCUGCGCCUCUACCUCAUCGCCAGAGUCAUGCUCCUGCACAGCAAACUCUUCACAGACGCCUCCUCCAGGAGUAUAGGCGCCCUAAAUAAGGUGCAUUUUAACACACGGUUUGUAAUGAAAACCCUCAUGACGAUCUGCCCCGGGACGGUGCUGCUGGUCUUCAGCAUCUCUCUGUGGAUCAUCGCUGCCUGGACCGUACGAGUGUGCGAGAGGUAUCAUGAUGCCCAGGAUGUGACCAGUAACUUCCUGGGAGCCAUGUGGCUCAUCUCCAUCACUUUCUUGUCCAUCGGCUAUGGAGACAUGGUUCCUCACACCUACUGUGGCAAAGGAGUCUGUCUGCUCACAGGAAUCAUGGGUGCGGGCUGUACGGCUCUGGUGGUUGCCGUGGUAGCCAGGAAGCUGGAGCUGACCAAGGCCGAGAAACACGUGCACAACUUCAUGAUGGACACGCAACUCACCAAGAGGAUAAAGAAUGCAGCGGCUAACGUGCUGCGGGAAACCUGGCUCAUCUACAAACACACCAAGAUGGCGAAAAAGAUCGACCACUGCAGAGUCCGCAAACACCAGCGGAAGUUCCUCCAGGCUAUUCAUCAAUUACGCAGUGUGAAAAUGGAGCAGAGGAAACUCAGUGAUCAGGCCAACACACUAGUGGACCUCUCAAAGAUGCAGAGCGUCAUGUAUGAGCUCAUGUCAGAGCUCAACGACCGCAGCGAGGACUUGGAGCGUCAGAUGCUAUCCCUGGAGCAGCGGGUGGAGCAGCUUACCGCCGGCUUCAACACCCUGCCCGCCCACCUCUCUGCCACCCUCAGUGCCCAGCACGCCGCCCUGGUUCACUUGCUAAGAGAGAGGGAUUCAAGGGACGGGAGAGGAGGUUUUGGAGGAGGUGCUGUGGUCCCAAUCUCCCCAGCUGCGUCUUUAACCGCUGCACCAGCUUCAGUUUCCUCAAUCCAUGUCGCAUCGCCAGCCCCGUCCCCAUCCCAGGUUCCUACUUUGGCCUUGGAGUCCCCUCUGUCGCCCCCACCUCUGAGCCCAGAGGGGAGCCUGGAGGCUAGUCCCAGUGCCAACACCUGCACUUCUAGCUGCUGAAGACAGCUCUGAGGACCAGGAGAGGACAAAUAUGGAAAGAAAAUAGCGAGGGAGGAGGAAAGAAACGCGAGGUGAUCCUCUGAAAGUAGCGCUCCAUGAGGGAGGGUAGAAGAUGGGACUAUGAGGAGAAAUAAUAGGAUUAAGAUGGAGGGCCAGUAUGAGCGAUGAGACAUGUUAAGGACUUUGGGGCGCUUUCCUUGACAAGGGGGGGAAAAGAAAAAUGGAGUCUCUAAAAGGUGUGAGGGGGAGGAAGAAUGUCAAGAGGGUGAGAAAUGGAGGUAGAAAGGAUGAGGAGGGGGGAAGGAGAGAGGAGGAGAAAUAACGAGGAAUAAUUAUAUAAACUCAGAGCUCCUAAAUGGAUACCACUCCAAUUACUGAAAAGGGCCUUUUAUUAUAUCUCUCUCUCUCUUUUUCUCUAUGUCUCUCUUUCUCUCUCUCUCUCUCCGUCCUCCCGAUCUCUCUCUCCCUUCAUCAGGAAUUAAUGACCAUGACUUUUUAUCCUUAUGAUGUAUUUUCUAUCUGAAUGCUAAUUGUGUGUUAACGAGCAUCCCUUUAACAGAAGGUUCAAUCAAUACGACCAAGAUAUUUUAAAAAAAGAAAAUUUAAAAAAACUAGUGGCAUGUACUGCACACACACACACACACACACACACAUAUAUACACACAAUUUAUAUUGACGCAUCAUCCACGCAAUACAAGUUAACGCAGCACAAACAUAAAUACACAAUCUUUCACAAUGCAGGCCCUAUUUACACUCACACAAAGACAUUGUGUGUCGUAGCCCACAAGAUGAUACUAAAGCCUAUACUGCCAAGCACUCAAUGCACUGCCAAGCAAUGUAGACACACUGUAAAAAAUGUUCAUCCACACGACUUGUCUUUUGUGGGCGUGACCUAAUGCAUAGUUGUGACAUUUUAACUUCUCGGUUUGGAGAAACUUAACCGUUCACUGAACUACACGAAUUACAGAUGAAGCUAACAUAAGUUGGUAUGACACUGAGGGGCAUGAGUCAUCAUAACGUCUGUUUGUGACAGAGAAGACAGUCGCAGGUGAUAAAAUAACGUAACACAACAACAAAAGGACUUUUUUACUAUUGCAUUUAUUGAAUUACAGAUUGGGUUGAACCGAUGUGUACAUUUCUGUUACUUGUAAAAACAAAUAGUUGUAUCAAGUGCAUUAAUACUGAAAUGGUUGUUGGGCGAUAGAAUCGAUUACAUUCUAUUGGGUUGUAAUAGAUUACAACACAAACAUUUAUUAAACUGGCAUUUCAAUCUGGCUGAUUAAUUAUGAAGAAACACUUCAAGACAGAGCUUUGCAUAAACAUGAUGCUCCACAUUUGGUGAGUGUUCAGGUAAAAUAACAGUUGAAACAUUCUCCAUCAAUAAUAAAUUAUCUGAUUAUUCUUUUACUUGUCUGAAAUCAGUGGAGUCAGAUUGACUGGGAUGCUGUAGUAUCUAUUGUUUUGCUUUAAUUCUCUGAUAAAUAUUUAUACUUAAAAUUACUAAAAUGUUGAUUUUUACAUUCGUAAUUCAAUUGAAUUUAAAAUCCAACAAUUGUCUAGCUAUGUGAUUAUAAGUUGGUGUGAUUCAUGUGUUCACGGUGUACGGUUGUGUCUAUGACCCUUUAUGAAGGAAAGAAGACCUUACUCACUGCCAUUCUUCGCUUGUGGUCCCAAAACAACACACUGUUAUCAUGAAUGUAUUCUGUGUAAAGAAAUACACUCAACCCCACUUUCUUGCUCGAUCACUUAAACUGCCACGCAGACACAGGAACAGACGCCUACACGCACGGACACACGGAUAUACACACACCUCGACAACCAAAGUGCUCUCUCUUAAAUGGACUUCAAUAAGAGGCAGGGAACGCUGCUGUCACUGGGGACAGAAGACAGCAGGAGGCGUUGCAGAUAUCUUGACAAUAUUUCUGAGGGAAUAACUGUGAAAAUCUGGGUAUGGACUUGUUACAGUGCUGUACGUGGACUUCACAAGGUGGACUAUGGAUGAACACAAGGGAACACAAAUAUACCUUUACAAAGGAUUGAUGGCCAUGAAGGAACAGCUGUUUAUAAAAUAAAUAACACAUAGACAGAAAUACUUAAGUAUAUCUGAGAGGAAUUAUAAUGGUGUGAUGGGAAAGAGACAAGCCUACCCAUUGGAGACAAUAUCGAAAACUGUCUUAUAGCGACACGCUGUGGCCGGAAUACUGAAUUACAUACGCUUGGAAUAUUGUAUAGUAUGCUGUUAACGAAAUCUAGCUUUGUAUUGCUUAGUCUUUUCUACCAUUAUGAUUAAACACAGUUAUAGCCGAUAUCUACUAUUACUAAACUAUAUUAUUCUUUUCAUUCGUCAUGACAAUUAUGAUAUAUGUAUUAACAAUAGGUUAAAUAAUUUUGAACAAGGAAAGUGCCGUUUGAGGUUGAAAUUAUUUUGUAAUUUUUAUUUUAUCAGA